GUAUCGAUGCCAAAAUUACUUGGUAUCGAUCGAAAAGUAUCGAAAUCAUUAUAGUAUGCCGUAGAAAACUAACCAAAGAAGCAAGGAAAUUAAAAACCCAGGAUACUAGUAGCAGCAAGGCAAUCUUAAUAAGCAGCGAAUGAUCCGUUUCGAAAUUUAGAGGAAUAACCUGGCUUAUGAGGCGCUCCGCUUUGCCAACACAACCCAAAACCAAAAAAAAAAUGUUAUGCCGUCUCUGUGUAAAGGAAUCUCUUUGCUUUCUGAAUAUUUUUGAUUCGGAUGGCAAAAAGUUGGACAUCGCUCAUAUACUAGAACGCCAUUUUUGGUUUAAGCCCCGUCCUGAUGAUCGAAUUUCCCCAGCUAUAUGUACAAUUUGCUGGUCGAAAGUAUACAACUUCCACCAAUUCUAUGUAGAGAUAGAAGAGGCUCAUUCUAAACUUAGUGCUAGUAAUGUGGAAAAGGAGUUUGUCCGGGAAUACGUUGGCAAUGAGUUUAUCGAAAAUGACCUUGUCAAAGAAGAGUUUUCUAUUACGCCCAGCUCCACAAUUGAGCCACAAAAGGAAUUUGCGGAUCCUGAGUUUAUCGAAAUCGAAUACAAUGCUGAAGAGUUUUCAGAAGCGCCUUGCUCCGGAAUAAGGAAACGAAAGGAAUCCGUUGAACUUGAGCUUAUCAAAAGCGACGUUAACGCAAAAGAGCUUUCCGGAGAUCUAUGCUUGAGUAUCAGUAUAAAAAAUGAACAAAAUAGUUCAUUUACCGAACUAAUUGCUGAUAUAGAUGACAGUGACUAUUUAAAUGAAGAAUACGAUAAAUUAAGUAACGAUGUGGAACAUUUAAAUCGUUCAGGAGAUGCACAGGACCCUGCUCUAUUAACAAACACAUCUGUUAAAAAUCGAAAGAGACGUAAAACGACAAAGAAAAAACUUCCUAGUUCGGGACGAAAACCUUUAAAAGGCUCAUAUAAAGAAAUAAGUAAGACAUUUACAGAUGCAUCCUUAACAAUUUGCGAUGCCCAGGAUCCUGCGCUUCUGACAGAAAAGCCUACGGAACCUAUUACAGACGCAUCUUUAUCGUUUUGUAAUGCACAGAACUCUGCCCUAUUAACAAACAAGUCUACAGAACCUGUCAAAAAUCGAAAGAGACUUACAACGACAAAGAAAAACCAUCCUAUUUUGAGAAAAAAACGGAUAAAAGCUUCGUGCCAAGGAAAAAAAACAUACACAGACGUAUCCUUAUCGACUUGUGAUGCCCAGGAACCUGAACUUUUAACAGAGAAGUCUACGGAACCUAUUAUAGAUGCAUCUUUAUUGAAUUAUGAUGCCAAAGAGCAUUCCGAAAAUACUACAAAAUCUGCUAAAAAUCAAAAGAAACUUACAGUGUCGGAAAAAAAAAUUGCUGAGUUGAGACAAAAACGUGGUGUAAAAACUACAUGCAAAGAUGAUGAAUUGGUAAAGAAAUACAUUCCUAUGAGAUGUAACGAGUGUAUUUUCGAUUGCGACGACUUCUCCUUGCUGAGAAACCACUUUCGAUUAGCUCAUCCAAAUACAAAACCCUAUGUGAAAUGCUGUAACAGAAAAUGGCUUCACUGGAUGUCAAUUGUACACCAUGCCUACAAGCACGACGAUCCCGAGCUUCUUAAGUGCCAAGAAUGCCAGAAAGAUUUUAAUGAUUUAGGGACCCUAUCGCGGCACAUGCUUGACCAUCAUGCACCAGAGAAAGACCAAAUUUUUAUCUGCGACGUAUGCCCUAAAAAGUUUGCACGGAAAGUAAGGCUGGAUCUUCAUCGUAGCACGCAUGUACCAAUGAACGAGCGAACGUUCAUAUGCGACCAAUGUCCCAAUAGUCGCUUUGGCUGUAAGACGAUGUUGCUAAUUCACAAUAAAAAGGUCCAUCACCACACAUCCUUCGUAUGUCAUGUUUGUGCCAAAAAAAUAAAAACCAAGGCGUUUUUUGAAAAGCAUGUGCGCUUGCAUUUUGAAGAAAGUGGACCGAAAGUCAAGUGCACAGUAGAUGGUUGUGAUCACUGGCUUAAAGACGAGGAUUGUUUACGCCUGCAUCUCCGAAGGUUUCACUCCAAAAAUAAAGAUAAAUUAUUUACAUGCGAAGUAUGCGGAGGAGAGUAUAAAAGUAGGGCCUCUAUUACCAACCACAUGCUGCGCGUUCAUCCCAAAACGACAUAUCCUUGCAAAAUAUGCAAUAAAACUUUCAAGAGACCGCGCAAUUUAAACGAUCACAUGGCUCAGCAUACUGGUGAAAGUAACUAUACGUGCCUGUUUUGUACGUCCACUUUCAAUACACACGGAAAUUAUUACACACAUUUAAAGAAAUCUCACCCCGUUGAAUAUGAAAAUUUUCUAAAAAACAAAAAAUGAGAGUUUGCAAAAUUAAGAAGUCGAUUGUUAGUGAAAAGUUAAUGCUUAAACGUUGCCGUUUGGAUCGUCGUAAGACAAGUAUAAGUGUAGAAUAUAAACCAUUUAGCUAUGCAAAAAAAACCAAAAAAGUGGCUCGAUAGAACUUCUCACGCUGGUUUCAACUGCACCAACAUUUUUUUGCGCAAAAAUAUAAAGUACGUAUAAAAGGUUGAA